AGUUGUUUGCUGCUGUCGUAUUGUGUGUCGGAAAUGAGACAGCAUUGAUCAUUCCAGCACUAAACGCCCGUCACCCUGACGCUUCUGACAACGAGAAGCUCGAUAAGCACGAGGCCUCGAGGUUACCUUCGGAAAAGAGUAACCCCAAGAGGGUAAAUGAAGGUUACCCUCGGAAAAAGAGUAACCGCAAGAGGGUAAAUGAAGGUUACCCUCGGAAAAAGAGUAACCGCAAGAGGGUAAAUGAAGGUUACCUUCGGAAAAAGAGUAACCCCAAGAGAGUAAAUGAAGGUUACCCUCGGAAAAAGAGUAACCGCAAGAGGGUAAAUGAAGGUUACCUUCGGAAAAAGAGUAACCCCAAGAGGGUAAAUGAAGGUUACCCUCGGAAAAAGAGUAACCGCAAGAGGGUAAAUGAAGGUUACCUUCGGAAAAAGAGUAACCGCAAGAGGGUAAAUGAAGGUUACCCUCGGAAAAAGAGUAACCGCAAGAGGGUAAAUGAAGGUUACCUUCGGAAAAAGAGUAACCCCAAGAGAGUAAAUGAAGGUUACCCUCGGAAAAAGAGUAACCGCAAGAGGGUAAAUGAAGGUUACCUUCGGAAAAAACGUAACCCCAAGAGAGUAAAUGAAGGUUACCCUCGGAAAAAGAGUAACCGCAAGAGGGUAAAUGAAGGUUACCUUCGGAAAAAGAGUAACCCCAAGAGGGUAAAUGAAGGUUACCCUCGGAAAAAGAGUAACCGCAAGAGGGUGUCACAGCGGCGUGUGAUGGACGAGGUGUCGCACCAACGCUUCAGCAAAUAG